AAAAAUAUAUCCCAAAAUGGCCAUAUAAUUUGUAGUUUAUGAAUUAGGGCAACAUAUUCCUCAUAUAAAAUUGUAGCGGGCGAAAAAACAGAGUGAAGAAAACAUGAGGGGCUAAAGAAAAAUGAGGAUAUUUUGCAAUUUGGCCCCUAAAUCUGUAACGCAAAAGUGGGCCCCACUCACGUGCCCACCUAACGGACUCGUCACGAAUGUAACGCCUCCGCCCCUACCCCUAACACCUGCAAAAUUUCCGAAAUUCCAUUAUCCUUUAACGGCGCCAACCCUAACCGUCUCGUUUUCACGUCCGUCUCCGUUUCCGUCAGCUUGACGCCGUCCAUGGCCGCUUGUGACGACGACUUUUCCCUCCUCGACGACCCCCAAAACCCUAAUUCUGCCCCGCCCUCCACCGCCACCGCCUCCCAGACGCCCCCGUACCAGAUCAAUCCGUACGAACACGAUUCCGAUCCGUUCGACUCCGAUCCAAACUCGUUGUCGGCGAAGCGCGUCGCCGAUCGGGAUGACAUCCACAGCGGCACGUCGAAAAGGACGAGAUUGCCCUCCUCCGCCAGUGCCGGUGACUACCGGAAGGACAGGGAGGAGUGGAGCGACACGGCGAUCGCGUGUCUGCUGGAGGCGUACAGCGAGAAAUUCGUGCAGCUAAACCGGGGGAAUCUGAGGGGUCGGGAUUGGGAGGAGGUGGCGGCGAUGGUGAGCGAGAGGUGCGAGAACCAGUCGAAGAGCGUGGAGCAGUGUAAGAACAAGGUCGAUAACUUGAAGAAGCGGUAUAAGCUGGAGAGGCACCGGCUGAACAACGGCGGCGUAUCGACGAGCCACUGGCCGUGGUUUAAGCAGAUGGAGCAGAUCGUUGGCAAUUCUAUUGCCGCCAAAGCUGCCGCCGAGGAGGAGAAGUCGUCUGGCGUCGGCGGGGCGUCGUACUCGACUAGGCAGACCAAGAGACUAGGAACAAUGGUCAAUAGUCCUGGUAGUCAGAUUAACAGCGUGAAGUUGAAACCAUCAAAUAACCUCAGAUGGCGAAGAGUUGUGUUGAAAAUUAGUGGAGCUGCUCUCGCUGGAAGUGCUCCUAACAAUAUUGAGCCAAAGGUGGCCAUGCUGAUUGCAAGAGAAGUUUCAAUAGCCUGCCAUGUUGGUGUCGAGGUAGCUAUAGUUGUUGGUGGUCGCAACUUCUUUUGUGGAGAUGCAUGGGUUGAGCAAACUGGUUUGGAUAGGUGUACUGCAUAUCAGAUUGGAAUGAUGGCAACUGUGAUGAAUUCCGUACUACUGCAGUCUGCUUUGGAGAAACUGGGCGUGCAGACACGCGUACAGAGCGCAUUUUCUAUGCCAGAGGUUGCUGAGCCUUACAGUAGGCAACGAGCAAUUCGGCAUCUUGAAAAAGGAAGAGUUGUAAUUUUUGGUGGUAUUGGAGCUGGCACUGGGAAUCCUCUGUUCUCCACCGAUACAGCUGCAGCCCUUCGAGCAUCAGAGAUACAUGCUGAUGCGGUCCUGAAGGGUACAAACAUGGAAGGUGUAUAUGUAUGUGAUGCUAGAAAUAACAGCAUAGCGGCAGAGCAUAUUUCAUUCAGGGAAUUGGCUUCGAGGGGGGCGUCUCCAAUGGACAUGAUGGCUGUGACAUUCUGCGAGGAAAAUGGGAUCCCAGGUUCUAAAGUUUACAUAUUCUCCAUUUUUUCACCGAUGGGUUGGUUAUAUGUCUCUCACCUCGAUUACUAUCUAUUUUUUUCUGCAGUUGGCAUCUUCAAUCUUCAUGAGCCUGGAAAUAUAUCGAGGGCGUUGUGUGGAGAAAGGGUCGGUACGCUGAUAGAUCAAACAGGUCCAGUUGCUUAACAUUACGUGGUAUGUUGAAUGUGGCUUCAAUUCAAUAUAUGCACAUCAAAUUUUUAACAAGUUGUUGUAUCUGGUGAGGGUUAUUUAUACUACUUAGCCUAAAAGAUGUAGUUGGUUGUGCAAUAGUGUAGAAUUAUGAAAAAGAUUCUGAUGUAACCAGCAUCAAAAUCCUUGAGCAAAGUUGAGCAAAGAUUCUGAUGUAGUUAGAUUGACAAAUGAAAUUAAUUUUAUAUUUAA